UCCGGGGGUAGUGGAAGCCACAGGUAGACAUACUGGAUAUCAGCAGUCAUUUUACUCUACGAUUUGGGGAGACGUGUUUACAUGAAAGCAGACGCUGCCCUUCGCCCCGCAUCAACGUCUCGUCGUUUUAGUAAGUGACCGUCGGUGUUCGACGCCUGCAGGAUACCGCGGGAUACAAAGAUGCACCAGGACCUUCUGCAACGCUGUAGCCUGAGCAAGAAACCGUCUGGAUACUAAGUGGCACUAGGCUGCAGGGGGCGCCACCGACACACCGGGAGAGGGGCUCAGCCUACCCCGCGGUGACUGCAACGCUGGACCGACCAGAAACUGCCUCCCAGCCCGCUUGGCCUCUCGCUCAGUCUGGGUCCUGAGGACAGUCCAGGGCUGGGGCUGCUGCUUUUACCAGUCACGGGGAUGGGAACGAGAAACCCGCAAGGAAUUUGAGGGGUGGCCAUGAGGCCCCUGCACCCACUCCCCGGGGUUCGGGCCCCUGCCGAGUCCCACACGAUAGUCGGCGCCCCAGGGGCGACCGUGUAAGCCACCCCGCACCCAGCUCAGACCACGCCGCCCUGGGCCCCUGCCCCUCGCGGCUGGGCGGCUCCACCCGAGGCCCCGCCCCGUGACGCGAGGCUCCGCCCCCGCGGCGCCCGCUUCCAAGAUGGCGGCAGCGAUGCCUGCCCGGCUGUCCGGGUGGCGGUGACGACGGGAAACAGAAGACCAGAGCGCUGACCACGCCCCUCCAGGUCUCAGAUUUGCUGUUGGAGUGCUGAAUGGAGUCCUUCUCUGCCCUCUGGGACAGUUCUAAUUUUAGAUAAUGCCUCACAUCUCUGCCCCCCCGGGACCCCCUGGAGCCCCCAUGAUCCCAAAGAAGACAGCUUGAACCUAGAUCUCGCCCAGGAUGCUGCGGAGGCUGCUGGAGCGGCCCUGCACGCUGGCCCUGCUGGUGGGCUCCCAGCUGGCUGUCAUGAUGUACCUGUCCCUCGGGGGCUUCCGGAGCCUCAGCGCCUUGUUUGGCCGAGAUCAAGGGCCGACAUUUGACUAUUCUCACCCGCGUGAUGUCUACAGUAACCUCAGUCACCUGCCUGGAGCCCCUGUUGCCCCAGGGGGUCCGCCAGCUCCUCAGAGUCUCCCAUACUGUCCAGAACGGUCUCCUCUCCUAGUGGGUCCCGUGUCGGUGUCCUUCAGCCCUGUGCCAUCGCUGGCUGAGAUUGUGCAGCGGAACCCUCGGGUGGAGGCAGGGGGCCGGUACCGCCCUCCUGGGUGUGAGGCCCGCUCCCGAACAGCCAUCAUUGUGCCCCACCGAGCCCGGGAGCACCACCUGCGCCUGCUGCUCUACCACCUGCACCCCUUCCUGCAGCGCCAGCAGCUGGCUUACGGCAUCUACGUCAUCCACCAGGCUGGAAAUGGGACCUUUAACAGGGCAAAGCUGCUGAAUGUCGGGGUGCGGGAGGCCCUGCGUGAUGAAGAGUGGGACUGCCUGUUCCUGCAUGACGUAGACCUCCUGCCAGAGAACGACCACAACCUGUAUGUGUGUGACCCCCGGGGACCCCGCCAUGUUGCCGUUGCCAUGAACAAGUUUGGAUACAGCCUCCCGUACCCCCAGUACUUCGGAGGGGUCUCAGCGCUCACUCCUGACCAGUAUCUGAAGAUGAAUGGCUUCCCCAAUGAAUACUGGGGCUGGGGUGGUGAGGACGACGAUAUUGCUACCAGGGUGCGUCUGGCUGGGAUGAAGAUCUCUCGGCCCCCCACAUCGGUGGGACACUAUAAGAUGGUGAAACACCGAGGAGAUAAGGGCAAUGAGGAAAACCCCCACAGGUUCGACCUCUUGGUCCGCACGCAGAACACCUGGACGCAGGACGGGAUGAACUCGCUGACAUACCGACUGCUGGCCCGAGAGCUGGGCCCUCUCUACACCAAUGUCACGGCAGACAUUGGGAUGGACCCUCGCGGUCCCCGGGCUCCCUCCGGACCCCGGUACCCUCCUGGGUCCUCCCAGGCCUUCCGUCAAGAGAUGCUGCAGCGCCGGCCCCCAGCCAGGCCUGGCCCUCUGCCUACUGCCAACCACACAGUCCCCCGUGGCUCUCGCUGAGUCCUCCUUCCUGCCCACCUUAAUCAUGAAACGGAAUCGAGGGGCUGUGUUCUCCCCACCCUCGCUCCUCACUGCUCUCCGAGGGAUGUGGGGGGACUGAACUCUAGUGCUAAGCUGGGGAGCGGGGGCCUCCCCUAACUGCUGGACUGGAGCUGGGCUCCUCUAGACCUGGGGUUCCCUCUUUCUAGGGUCACCUGCCAGGGUUUAUGACUGUGAAUCCUCGAUGUCAUGAUUUUAUGUGACGACUCCUGGGAGUCCCCUGCCCCUGGGGUAGGAGCAGGGCUGGACCCCAAGCCCCUUCCUCUUCCACGGAGAGAAGAGCGAUCUGGCUUCUCCUGGGACCUCUGUGAAUAUUUAUUCUAUUUAUGGUUCCUGGGCAGCUGUUUGGUGAAGGAAGCCCCCGCCUGGGUACUUUCUGCCAGUGCUGGAGUAGCUCCCUCUUCUGGUCCUGGCUCAGGGGGCUGGGAUUUUGAUAUAUUUUCUAAUAAAGGACUUUGUCUGGC